CUCAGCGAGCACAACACGUUCCGCGCGCUCCACUCGGCGCCGGCCCUCGUGUGGAACCAGACGCUCGCCGACAAGGCCGCGUCGUGGGCCAACAAGUGUGUGUUCCAGCACAGCCAGGGCGCGCUCGGCCGCUACGGCGAGAACCUCGCUGCGUCUGCUGGCAGCGGUGUGACGGUCCAGACGGCCCUGAGCGGCAUCAAGGCGUGGGAGGCCGAGGCGCCCGACUACACGCCCGACAACCCCAACUACUCGCACUUUACGCAGAUGGUCUGGAAGGCCAGCAAGCAGCUCGGGUGCUACCAGGCGUCGUGCCCGGCUGGCUCGAUCUUUGACGCACGCUACGGCGUCAACAGCGUGCGUCCUCGUCGUCGUUUUCUCGCUCGCAUUCCUCUCGACAUUCCUGACGGGCACUUCCCUCGUUCCUGCAGUUCCUCGUCUGCGAGUACGACCCUCCUGUACGUUCCUCUCUUCUUCGGUGAGGCAGCCCUCGACAGAUGUCUGACGAUCCCAUUCUUUCCGCAGGGCAACGUCGUGCGUCGAGCGCGACUUCCUUUACUUCCUUCCGAACUGCGACUGACGCUUCUGCUUUUCUCUCCUCCUCGUCGACGUCCUCGCAGUACCCGGCGAGCAACGUACGUUAUCGUGCCGCAGAGUCUCGUCCUUGAGUGCGCGAGCGGGAGCUGA